UCUCCGCCGCCAUUGAAAGCGUGGGAAAAAUCGCAACCCUGUCAACUCUCUGCCUGCACGACUAUGGGUGACGGUUGUCCUUGCAAGACGGAGUCCUUGGAACUAUUACGCUGGCCGAAACACAACACCGCUUAUUCACCGUGUAGAUGGGCGACCACAAGCAACAGCAAUUAAAAACUUUGUAUAUUGAGACCUUUGCAGCGGCCGCAAAAGCAGUGAGCGAGGAUACGGCACGGAACUGGAAGAACAGCAAGGAACUGUAUGCGCAGGCCUCGCAGGGCAUCUUGAAACUUUUGAAACUCGAAACCGAUCCUCAAAAGAACCGCUUCUUGCUCGAAAAGUAUGAGGAAUAUUCACACCGAGCGGAGCAGAUAUCGAGCUUGGUACCUCGGCCCUCGUUGUCUACCGCGGGGUCGAAGAUCACCUUAGGAAAUGAGCCUCCAUUCUCGAGACAACCGUCCUUGACGGAAAUACCGAGCGAUCUAGUCCCGCCGAAACAAUGCACUCAAUCCGGGCCCGCUUUGAAAUCCGAUGAGAUCGACGUGCUCAGACAGUCGUCUACUAUCAACGGCAGGAUCUAUCUACCUUGGCUGCCCUUAGAUUACUCUGAACACUUCGGUACAGGGCAUGUUUUCAGUGAUCCUGACGGCCCGUUACGCCUUUCUGCGCAACAGAAGCCCAGGUUCCACUGCUGGAAGAGGGCCGGCGAGAUUCGGUCGCGCAUGGUGGAACCCGAUGCGAAGCCUGGAGACAUCUAUCAAGAUGUUGUAACAGACUGCUCAGUCGUGGCCUCCUUACUUGUAAGCUCCGCUUACGAGGCGAAGUUUGGGAAGAAGGUGGUCGUUGGAUGCAUACAUCCACAGAACUCGGAGGGCCAUCCGGUCGUAAAUCCGGAAGGAAAGUAUGUUUUGAAGCUUAUCAUCAACGGCGUAGCCCGGCAGGUCAUAGUUGACGACACGAUACCCGUCGAUCAUCAAUGCAAACCUCUCUGCGCAUUCAGUUCCCGAGGCGAUAUAUGGCCGAGCAUCAUCGAGAAAGCGUACCUGAAAGUCUGGGGCGGCUACGACUUUCCCGGGUCCAACUCGGGCAUCGAUCUGCACGCCAUGACGGGGUGGAUCCCCGAGAACAUUUUCUUCAAAGACCCGCAGUUUUGCGCCAAACGGAUCUUUCAGCGCUUGCGAGAUGGAUUGAGGACGGGAAAUGCGUUGAUUACUAUUGCGACGGCGCCGGCGCCGGACGAUGGGGCGGUCGUCCAACAGAUGGAGUUGAUUCGGGGCCAUGCGUAUGCUGUAAUCGAGGCAUACCCGGCCGUCAUUGACGGCGCGCCGCGAGAUAUGCUGGAGUUCAAGAACCCUUGGCGAGCAUCAGCGGGAAGUGCAACUGCAACCACCACGAAAGUCACCCAAGACGGAAUCUACGCCCUGCCCUUCGACACGAUCAGCACCCUCUUCGAAACCAUCCACGUCUCCUGGAACCCUUCCAUGUGGCGGCAUCGCCACUCACUGCAUGCUUCCUGGCCCAACACGGGCCCUCGCAAGGACGCGUUCAACCUCAGCGGCAACCCGCAAUAUUCCCUUCAAGUCGACGUGCAGCUUACGCGCCUCACCGCCGUCUGGAUCCUCCUCACGAAACACGUCACGGUCACCGAGGAAAGCACCGAGUAUCUUACCCUCCAUGUGUACGACAACACCGGUGGAGAGAGAGUGUACUACCCCGACACGCCGUUCGUUCGCGGCGCGUACAUCAAUAACCCGCACAUCCUCAUCAAAUUUACGGCGCCCGUCGGAUUGAACAACUACACGGUCGUUCUCUCACAGCAUGAAAAGUCUGAACGCACGUUGAGAUAUACCUUGACGGUGUACGCCAUGUCACCAUUCCGCAUCACCCGCAUCACCGACAAAUGCACCUUCUCGCACCAAACAUUAGGCGAAUGGACGCGCAAGUCAGCAGGCGGGUCGAUGAACCACCCCACCUUCACCCGCAACCCACGGUACGUCCUCACUAUCCCGCCCAUGGAACCGAUCGAGAUUGUAGCGACGCUGGAGGCGCCGAAGGAGUAUGGCGUGAAUCUGAAGGUACUGGCUGGGUUGAUGGAUGUGGAUGUUGGGGGUGGUGGUAGUGGGAGUGGAGGGAAUGCGGCGGUGGUGGAUAAGGUUGUAUUGAGCAGCGGGAGUUAUCGGAAGGGGUUUUGCUUUUUGAGGUCGGGAACAUACACAAUCAUCCCGUCGACCUUCGAGCCCGGGCAACUUGGCGCGUUCGUCCUCACCGUCAACACCUCGAAACAGAUCGCUUUCGAGGGUUGAUAAUUAGCUACGCGUCUCCGCGAUACAU